AUGAGGCUUCUAAAUGUGCUUCCUGUACUCGCAACACUGCAUUUUCUUAUGAGCAUUCACGCAUACAAGUGCAACGCUUUCAGAAUCUUGCAUGGUGAAGAACAAAAGUUGAUGAACAAGAGCCUUUUGUUAGGGUUACUGCAAAGGGGUUAUGUGCCUCUAUCUGCACCUAAUCCGCCCACUCACAUCCCCGCUUCAAAGCUCGGGCAAACGGCCUUUGCAGGUCACAAUGUAGCUCCUUUGAUGGGAUCAUUGCAAAAGGGUUAUGUGCCUCCAUCUUAUGCGCCCAAUCCUGGCACUCACAUCCCCGCUUCAACACUCGGUCAAAAGGCAUUCGCAGGUCACAAUAUGGCUCAUUUGCUAAGCUCACUACAAAGGGGUCCUGUCCCUCCCAAAGAUCAUCCAAAUCCGCCCACUCACAUCCCCGCUCCAAAGCUCGGGCAAAGGGCCUUUGCGGGUCACAAUUUCGCUCCUUUGAUGGGAUCAUUGCAAAAGGGUUAUGUGCCUCCAUCUUAUGCGCCCAAUCCUGGCACUCACAUCCCCGCUUCAACACUCGGUCAAAAGGCUUUCGCAGGUCACAAUAUGGCUCAUUUGCUAAGCUCACUGCAAAGGGGUCCUGUCCCUCCAUCUUAUGUGCCCAAUCCUGGCACCCACAUCCCCGCUUCAACACUCGGUCAAAAGGCUUUCGCAGGUCACAAUAUGGCUCAUUUGCUAAGCUCACUGCAAAUGGGUCCUGUCCCUCCCAAAGAUCAGCCAAAUCCGCCCACUCACAUCCCCGCUCCAAAGUUCGGGCAAAGGGCCUUUGCAGGUCACAAUUUUGCUCCUUUGAUGGGAUCAUUGCAAAAGGGUUAUGUGCCUCCAUCUUAUGUGCCCAAUCCUGGCACCCACAUCUCCGCUUCAACACUCGGCCAAAAGGCCUUCGCAGGUCACAAUAUGGCUCAUUUGCUAAGCUCACUGCAAAGGGGUCCUAUGCCUCCAUCUUAUGUGCCCAAUCCUGGCACCCACAUCCCCGCUUCAACACUCAGCCAAAAGGCCUUCGUAGGUCACAAUAUGGCUCAUUUGCUAAGCUCACUGCGGGGUCCUGUCCCUCCCAAAGAUCAGCCAAAUCCGACCAUCCCUUAG